GGCUGCUCGCAGCCAGGCAGCCGGGGGCAGCACCGGCGCUCGCAUCUGGCAUGCUUGGCGGGAUGGCUGGCUACCUGCGGGUCGUACGCUCGCUCUGCAGAGCUUCCGGCUCCGGGCCGGCCUGGGCGUCGGCAGCCCCGACGGGCCCCAACUUGCAGGAGCAGCCGCGGCGCCACUAUGCCGACAAGAGGAUCAAGGUGGCGAAGCCGGUGGUGGAGAUGGACGGCGACGAGAUGACCCGGAUCAUCUGGCAGUUCAUCAAGGAGAAGCUCAUCCUACCCCAUGUGGACGUCCAGCUCAAGUAUUUCGAUCUGGGGCUCCCACACCGUGACCAGACCGAUGACCAGGUCACCAUAGACUCGGCGUUGGCCACCCAGAAGUACAGUGUGGCCGUCAAGUGUGCCACCAUCACCCCCGAUGAGGCCCGUGUGGAAGAGUUCAAGCUGAAGAAGAUGUGGAAGAGUCCCAAUGGGACCAUUCGGAACAUCCUCGGGGGGACCGUCUUCCGGGAACCCAUCAUUUGCAAAAACAUCCCCCGCCUGGUCCCGGGCUGGACCAAGCCCAUCACCAUCGGCAGGCAUGCCCACGGCGACCAGUACAAGGCCACGGACUUUGUGGUGGACCGGGCUGGCACGUUCAAGAUGGUCUUCUCCCCGAAGGACGGCAGUGGCACGAAGGAGUGGGAGGUGUACAACUUCCCUGGCGGCGGCGUGGGGAUGGGCAUGUACAAUACCGACGAGUCCAUCUCGGGUUUCGCACACAGCUGCUUCCAGUACGCCAUCCAGAAGAAGUGGCCGCUCUACAUGAGCACCAAGAACACCAUCCUGAAAGCCUACGACGGGCGCUUCAAGGACAUCUUCCAGGAGAUCUUUGAGAAGCACUACAAGACUGACUUUGACAAGAAUAAGAUCUGGUAUGAGCACCGGCUCAUUGAUGACAUGGUGGCUCAGGUCCUCAAGUCUUCGGGCGGCUUCGUGUGGGCCUGCAAGAACUAUGACGGAGAUGUGCAGUCGGACAUCCUGGCGCAGGGCUUUGGCUCCCUUGGCCUAAUGACGUCUGUGCUGGUCUGCCCAGACGGGAAGACCAUCGAGGCCGAGGCUGCUCAUGGAACGGUCACCCGCCACUAUCGAGAGCACCAGAAAGGCCGGCCUACCAGCACGAACCCCAUUGCCAGCAUCUUUGCCUGGACACGUGGCCUGGAGCACCGGGGGAAGCUGGAUGGGAACCAGGACCUCAUCAGGUUUGCGCAGACCCUGGAGAAAGUGUGUGUCCAGACAGUGGAGAGCGGAGCCAUGACCAAGGACCUGGCGGGCUGCAUCCAUGGCCUCAGCAAUGUGAAGCUGAACGAGCACUUCCUGAACACCUCCGACUUCCUGGACACCAUCAAGAACAACCUGGACAAGGCUCUGGGCCACUAGUGGGGGCUGGGCCGGGCCAAGCUGGCUGCUGAGUGACCCCCCCCCCA